AUCACAGUAGUUAUAAUCUUUUCCAAUAUAAUUAUGAGUAUCAAAGAAAGAUCAUGGAAAUCAAUUCCAAUAAACAUUUCUGGAGCUCGAGACCUAAUUUGCUUUGAAGAGUUAACAGAAUACAAUGUAACUGAGGAUAUACAGACCCCAGUUCCGGUUGUAAGCAAACCAUUAAGCAAGAAGCAGAAAAGAAAACAGAAACGAUUGAAUGACAUUGCAGCUAAAAAGCGCCGACUCACAGAUGGCAAUGAAAGAAACACAAACAAUACUUGUUAUAAUGGAGUAAAUAACUUGACAGAAACCAACAAUAAGAAUUCUAAAAAAACUACAACUACGAGAAAAAAGAAUAAAAGAAAUAAACAAAAAGGAAAAAAUACAAAUCAUGAAAAUGCAUUACAAACUGAGGAUAAAGUUUCUGGAGUUGUGGAAAAUGAUUGUGAUAUUGAUAUGACUGAAUGGGAUAAACUUCUUGUUCCCAAUGAAAUUAAGGAAGCGUUAAAGGAAAUGUCAUUUUCAAAACCAACUAAAAUUCAACAAGAAGUGAUUAAGAUUGCUAUUCAAGAGAGGGUGGAUAUUGUUGCUGCUGCAGAAACCGGGAGUGGUAAGACACUAGCAUUUGGGAUCCCUCUCUUGUAUCAUAUGUUGGAAGAUAAGGCAAGAGGAUUUGACGAAUGUGUUCAAGAUGAAGGAGAGGAGAUAGUUUUGCAGGAAGAUGAGGAAUGUGAUCCUUCUGACUUGGUUGAUGACAUUAAUAUUGAAAACAGCCUUCAAAAUGACAAAUUCAAGAAGAAUCUUCCUGCUUUAAUAUUAGCUCCAACGAGAGAGCUGGCAAUACAGGUAAAAGAUCAUCUAUCUAAAGUUGGGAAGUAUACAGGUUUCAAGAUGACUGUUAUUGUUGGAGGCAUGUCUUCACAGAAACAAGAACGAUUGCUAGGAAAUGAACCAGAUAUUAUUAUAGCGACACCAGGACGUUUGUGGGAGUUCAUCGAGCAAGGUCAUCAAUAUUUACUGAAUUUACACCGUAUUCGAUAUCUCAUCAUUGAUGAAGCAGACAGAAUGUUGGAACGAGGUCAUUUCGAAGAACUUGUAAAAAUCCUCGAUGCUAUUAAUAAAAAGAAUUAUAAAAAUGAGAAGCGCCAAACAUACAUGUUUUCUGCAACUCUCACAACAGUUCAUCAUGUUCCAAACAGAUUGAAGACGAAAGGAAAAGUUUUAACAAAAAAUAUUAAACUUGAAACACUGAUGAAAAAAAUUGGAAUAAAAGAGAAAAAACAUGUCGUUGAUAUAACAACGAAAAAGGGAACUGCUGAAAAGCUGUAUGAAGCUAAAAUAAUAUGUAGUACGGAUGAAAAAGAUCUUUUUAUGUAUUAUUUUAUCAGAUCUCACCCUGGAAGAACAUUGGUGUUCACAAACAGCAUUGAUUGUAUCUUUCAUAUAACUGGAGUAUUGCAAGCAUUAUCUAUCACUCCUUUCCAUCUACAUGCUAAAAUGCAGCAAAGGCAUCGUUUGAAACAUCUCGAGAGGUUUCGAGCAAAUCCUGAUUCAAUUUUAAUUGCCAGUGAUGUCGCUGCAAGAGGUCUUGAUAUUCCUGACGUACAACAUGUUAUUCACUAUCAAGUUCCAAGAACAUGUGAGACGUACAUUCACAGGAGUGGAAGAUGCGCUAGAACAGGUAAUGAGGGGCUGAGUCUUUUGAUUGUAAGUCCCGAAGAAUUGUCAUUUUACAAGAGACUUUGUAAUUCUAUGCAAUUAGAGAAUGGCAUUCCUCAAUUCCCUUAUGAUCAGGCAUCUUUAGCAUCUUCUAAGAAAAUUGUAAAACUGGCUAAAGAAAUAGAUGCUCUUGGUCACAGUAAGAAAAAGAUUCGACUCAAUAAUGAUUGGUUUACAAAAGCAGCAGCAGAAAUGGAUAUUGAAUUAGAUGAUGAUAUGUUGAUGGAAGAUGAUGAUGAUGAAUCAAGUGUGAUAUUAAAACAGAAACAAAAGCAACUGCAGUCGUUACUAAAAAAACCAAUAUUCCCAAAGCAAUUUUCAGGGAAAUACUUGACAAAAACAGGACAAUUGAGUUUACCAGUCAAAAAAACGACCAGCGCAAUUGAAGAAGUCAAGAAAAUUUCAAAGAAAUGAAUUUCUUAAAUAAAUUGUAGUGAUAAUCAACUUAUGUCAAUCACCUACAAUGGUUAAUAUGUACGGCAUUUCAGUCCACGCGGAGUGACAAGUGAACUCAAUGUCAUAUAGUGAUGUUGAGUUUUCAGAUUUAUUUUUUGCCAAUGCUCUGUUCAAUGGUGUCUAAACCUCUUCAUUCAAAUAAAAUGUCUUGGUUAUA